GAUCGACGAGCAGCGGAAUCAUCUUCUAAUCCGAAGAAGCCGCGGAUCAUCAGCAGUGCUUCAAUGCAAUUUCCUUUUUUUUGGCCCAUAAGGUUCCCGGCUCAUACAAAGUUCGUCAUUGUGCGGCGCUCUGUUCAAAAUGCUGUGUGUGCCAGAAACUCGUGCACAGUAGCGGGGUAAAAAAUAAAAGGAUCCUUCACGUCUGUGGACCGUCUUGAUGCGAGAGAGAAGGAAAGCAAGAGACGUGGAAAGGCUGCCGGCAUUAAUUUUCACCGCUAUCAGACACAAGACAUCGACGGAUACAGACAGAUACAGAUCUAACAUUGAGUACUUGGUAUUGAAUACCCACGCGAUAACUACCAUCACAACAACAAUCACCGCCACCAUCACAAUGACCUCCACCACCCCCCUCAACGACGGCCAUAGCAGCACCAAACGAUCUCACUCCGCCUCGCGAAACCCGCUUUCUCGUCCAACCACUCCCCUCCGUCCAUCUUCCCGCUCCUCCCUUCGCGAUUCUGCGAGAAAAAGUACGGGCGGUUAUUCUAGUGCACCUCUAGAAGCAUUCGAACCUGCGUUUGCGGAACUGUCUGAUUCCAUGGCAGACUUGGAGGCCAAUUUUAUGCAUUUACAAUUGAUGCAUGAGAGUUUGGCGAGGUUUAGUGAGAACUUUGCUAGUUUUCUUUAUGGAUUGAAUAUGAAUGCUUUUUGCGUGGAUUUUCCAGAGGCGCCGAUUCCAGAUUCAUUUCGUCGAGCACAAGAGCAGGAGGAGCAAUUGGGCAAAUCAACCAAUUCAGAAAGAUUUCGUGGUGAAAUUGAUGGAGAAACAACAUUUUUGACCACGGAUACCUCAUUCGUUGAUAAUCCUCCUCCAACCUCCUCGAGAGCAACCCCGAAAUUUACAACCCCAGUACCAUCCAGAAUAGCAGGCCCUUCUGGCCGAGGUGGAUCUUCGGGCGGCUCUGGCUCAUCUGGUCGAGGCAUUCCCGUUCCGCGUGGUGGACGUGGCGGUAGAGCAAGUGGUCUUGCAAGAGGUCGAGGUCGGGGUGUAAGAUGAGACGGAAAUACACAUUAGAAAAUCCCUUCUCCACCA